AUGCCACCAAAGAAGGAUGCAUUUGCUGAUCUAUUCCAAUCGGCAAGCAGCAAUAAGAAGAAUGGCGGCGGGCUCAAUACAAAACUCGACAAAUUAUCCUUAUCUGAACGUCAAAAGUUGGAGCAACAACAACAACAACAACAACAAAAGCAAACCACUACAUCUUCAUUGAAUUCCAGUUGGUCGAAUCUAGAUAUUCUCUCUCCACACCCAACCCAAUCCAAGAGUAAUGGGUCGCAAGUAUCAAGUUCAUGGCUGUCCAAAGCAGCAAGUGCAAUGGGAUCGGCAUCAAGUACUCCCACUCCCUCAGUGGUUCAAGAUGAUAAUGAUGACCCAUUUGCCAUUUUCAAUAAGCCUAGAAACGGCGAUGCUAGUAAAAAUACAGUGAACUCCGUGAGCACUCAGACGAACGUUGCCAAGCCGCAAGAGGUGUCGUUGCUUGAUGAUGAUUUUACCGACUUGUUCCCAGAACAGAGGAAGCAAGAGGAAUCAGUGGAACGGCCUGUCAAAUCAGUCAGACCGGAAGCAGUGCGUACUGGCUCGCAAAUUUCAUCUUCAACACCUUCUGCGAGAGUCAACCAAUCUCGUUCAUCUACACCUAGAUCCGCAACAGGCACUGGGUCAUCUUCCGCGUCUUCAUCCAAGGACCACACAAUUGCUGCACUAGUCGAUAUUGGAUUCAGUAUUGAAGAUGCUAAUGAUGCAACUUCGCAUUCAGGAACUGAUUUACAAAAGUGUGUCAAUUACAUCAUGAAUAAAAACACUAAUCUGCAGCUGAAUGCACAAUUGAGAUCCGACUCUCGAAAUAGAAGAAGGACAAGAGAAGGUGCUGAAUUCGAUGACGGCGAUGGGGAUGAAGAUGGGCCUGACGACGAUUUCAGUAUUCUUGGUAAACGUCCCGAUUCCAUCAACUUCAAUGAACUAGGGAACAAUUUGUUUCAAAAAGCAAACACAUUUCUCAGUUUUUCGAAAAAGAAAGUGAUGGAGAACAUAGAGCAGUUCAACAAUGCGAGGUCGACUUCGUCUUCCCCCUUUGAUCUUGCCUUAGGAGGAGGAGGAGGAGGAGGAGGAAGUGGUGCUGGAAAUAGUGGUGGAAGUGGCGCAUCCUCGAAUGCCAAUCUACCCGAGUGGAUGAGGAACCAAGCCAAAUAUAAAUCACAAGCGUAUGAAAAGAGGUUUGAAGGAGGUGAGGAUUAUGGAGAGGAUGAGGAUAAUAUCAAUGAGGAGGAAAUUGAUCGGUUUAUGCGUGCGCAAAGGGAGAAGGAGAGGCAGAGGAUGAGGCUGAGAUUCGAUCAGAGACAGAGAGAGAGGCAAAGAAAUGGGGGAGGUGGUGAUGUUGCGGAGGGUAAGGACGAGGAUGGACUGAGGGAUGGAGAUAAUAAUAAUAAUAAUGGUGGUGGUGGUGGUGGUGGUGGUGAUGUUUCUCCUUCAUUUGCUAGUCGCUCUAAAGAGUCUUCACAUACUCCUCCUAAACCACCUAGACCUACGGCUGCAAAGAGUUUCAAUGGAGUAGGCAACUUUGGUGGAGAGUCUCUAAGAAAGGAAUUGUUUUCCCCAGCGUCAUUGAAGGAAAAACACGAAAAAGAAAAGGAGACGGAGAAGAAACAGGAGAGAAAAGAGGAUGACAUUGAUUUGUUGGGAAUAUCCACGUUUGCAGAGUCCACUUUGGGUCAGCAGUCAGCCUCCACCAGAUCCCACUUACGUGAUACUAAUCCAUUAAAUCAAUUUAUUGAGACUGAUUACACAACACACAAGACUAAAGCAACAGAGGCGUUCAAGAAUGGGGAUUAUGCAACUGCAUUGGAGUCGUAUUCCAAGUGUCUUUCUGUGCUUCCAUCCAAACAUGAAUUACGAGUUGUUGUCAACUCCAACUUGGCAUUGACUAAUAAAUUACAAGGUCAUUUGAAGCAGAGUUUGGAUCAUGUUGAGCAAGCUUUGGAGUUGAUGGAGUUGGAUGAAUGUAACAGGGACAAUAGUGUCGGUGGUGUUUCACAGUUGGGUGGUAAACCUGUCAAGUAUUGGUAUUUGAAAGUAGUUAUGAUAAAAGCUGAAGUGUUGGAGUUGUUGGAGAAGUAUGAGUUGGCGUUACAGAGUUAUAAUUUAUUGGUGCAAAGAUUGGGAUGUGUGGAUAAGAAAGUUAUGGAUGGGAAGAGAAGAGUUGAUAGGAUAGUCAAUCCAGACAACUAUAAGCCAAAGCCAAAGCCAAAGCAAGCGACAGCAACUGCUGCUGCUGAUACAACCUCCACGCUGAGUAGUGUGAGAGUCACUCCAAAAACAAAACCAGUACCAUCCUCAACCACUUCAUCUGAAGUUGAGCUAGAUCCAUUAGUAGUUGAUCAAAUCAAUGACUCGAUCAAGAAAUGGGCCCAAGAAAAGAACAAUGAUUUACGUCAAAUGAUGAUCAACUUGCAAAGUUUGAUCCCCUUGGGUUCAAUCAAUAUCAAUGAAAAAUUGUUGACGUUAACAUUGAAUGAUUUGGUAUUACCCAAACAGGUCAAGUUGAAUUACAUGAAGGUGAUUAGUUCGAUACAUCCUGACAAAUUAGCUAGUCAAUUGUCGGGGCAGUCUGUUAAUGAUAAGCGUGUGCAGUUGAUUUGUAAUGGGGUGUUUAUCAAUUUGAAUGAGUGUUGGGAAGUGUUUAGAAAGAAGGAGAAUAUAUAG